AUGGCGUCCGACGCCACCGCGCGCGACGGGGCGCUGGCGUCGUUCGUCGACCAUCUCGACCGGGACGCGCGCGCGCGAGGCGUCCCGCCCAAGGUGGAGGUUCGCCUGAAUGACUUUGCGUGCACGCUCGAGCUGGACGCGAAGAAAGCGAGCAGGGAGAUACGAACGGUGCCAAAGGUGUUCGCGGACGCGAUCGUGUCGCCGAUGCGAGCGCUCGCGAGCGCGGUGAGGGGGAGCGAGGACGGAGCCAAGGCGAAGACCAAGCUGGAGGUUUUGCGCGGGUGCGGAGGAACGUUUCAACCGGGAUCGCUCACGCUCGUGCUCGCGCCGCCGGGACACGGGAAGACGACGUUACUCAAAUCAAUCGCGGGCGUGAACCCGAUCGCGAGCACGGGUUCGAUAACGUACAGCGGGCUGACGAAGGAUGAGCUCGAGGCGAGCGGGACGUCGUUGCAGCGUCUGUGUGAGUACGUCACGCAAUUAGAUGAACACUUGCCGUAUCUCACCGUCGACGAAACAGUGCGAUUUUCGCAUGAAAAUGCGUGCGUGGUUCCGAACGGAGAAGGGAAGAAAUCGCACGACGAAAAAGUGGAUAAAGUCAUCGAGCUGCUCAGCCUGGAGUCGUGCCGCGAUACCAUCAUCGGCAAUGAUCUCAUUCGCGGCGUGUCUGGCGGUGAAAAGAGGCGCGUGACUAUCGCAGAAGCUUUAGUCAAGAACGCACAGGUGCUGUGCAUGGAUGAAAUCUCCACCGGCCUCGAUGCCGCGGUGACGUACAACAUCAUCGCCGGUUUGAAGCAGUGGGCAACUAGGACUCAAGGCACGUGCAUCGUUGCGCUUCUCCAGCCAACGCCAGAGGUGGUCUCCCUGUUCGAUGAGGUGCUUCUCCUAAAAGAAGGUGCGCCCGUGUACCAUGGACCAAUAGACCAAGUGAAGAGCUACUUCAGUGGUUUGGGAUUCACACCGCCGAGCGAGAAGGGCGCCGACUUGGCCGACUGGUUGAUCUCGCUUCUCGUUUCUCCACGAGAGGUACUCAAAAAUGUGGGAACAAAGAUCACACCAGAAAUUCCCACUACCGUCGAUGCGAUGGUCACUUCGUGGAGGCAAAGCCCAGCGUAUGACGUGAAAAUGAAGUCGACGUGCACACCGACGGACAUCGAACUGAAGUCGCCCUUCGCCAAGAGCCAGUACUCACUCAGCUAUCCUCGUUCUUUCGCCGACCACUUUAAAUCGGUUUUCGUGCGUCAGUACAAGGUCACACGAAGAAACACGCUGUUCUUGAACGCAAGGAUCUUCGGAGCGUGCGUGACAUCCCUCAUUCUGGGCUCUGUCUGGUUUGAUUUGCCUCUAGAGCGAGGAUUCGAAAAACUCGGCAUGCUCCUUUUCUGUGUCUUGCACAUUUCCUUCUCCAAUUUCUCCGAGCUUACUUUCAGCGUCGAACAAAAGUAUGUUGCUUUCAAGCACCUUGACUCGAAGCUGUUUCCCGAGCUCACAUACCUUGCUUCUUGGGCCAUGGUCCACCUUCCGAUUGCCAUCGUUGAGACGCUCAUCUUCAGCUGCGUCCUGUAUCCUAUGGUUGGAUUAAAUCUAGCUUUCAGGAACUGGGCGUUCUUUUACUUGCAGCUCGUGCUAGUAAACGUUGCGAUGGCGUCUUUCUUCCGCGUCAUCGCUUUGCUUGCACCGAAUAUGGAGAUAGCUCAGACGUAUCCCGGCCCAUUCAUCGCAGUCAUGAUCUUGUUUGCGGGUUUCUUGAUCAGCCCGGACAAAAUGGGGGGAUUGAAGUUCAUGUACUGGAUCUCGAUCUUUGCUUACUGCCUUCGAUCACUCUGUCAAAAUGAAUUCUUAUCGAGUUCUUACGAUACGCUCGUUCCAGUGGACACUGUCGCCGCCGCAUCAUUCAUUACAAGCAACCCGUCCUAUGAGUCGACUUCCAUGAAUGAUUUGUGUACUCAAGGGCUGAGCGGUUUCCCGGCGUGCGGCAACAUGGGCGAAAUUAUUCUCGAUACGAUUGGGAUCACCUCUGAUACUUCAUAUAAGUGGGCUGGCCCCGGCUUCUGCGUCGGAUUUUUUGGACUGACUUUCCUCAUCGGGUUGCGCACGUUGUACACCGUGCGUAUUCAACGCAACAUAGGCUCGAGUAGGAUCGAAGAAAAGGCCGAAAAUGAGGACGCGGUUAUUCACAUGGGUAUAGAUGUUACUGCCGCUCAAAAGGCGAUGGAGUUCACUCCCAUGGCAAUCUCGUGGAAGAAUCUUUGCUACACUGUUCAAGUUGCUGCGGCGACUCCUCAGUCUGGUGAUAAGAGCGAAGAUAAACCCGACGGAGAUAAGAAAUAUAACAAACGGGAGAAGACCGUAUCGAAGCAGCUUUUACACAACAUCACAUCUGCGGCACAGCCGGGUCGCAUGCUAGCUCUCAUGGGGAGCUCAGGCGCGGGUAAGACAACACUUCUUGACGUCAUCGCCGGUCGCAAGAAUACUGGCGUGACAACUGGAGAGGUCAAGUUGAACGGUCAUGAAGUGCAGAAGGAGACGUUCGCUCGGCUGACCGCCUAUUGCGAACAACGGGACAUGCAUAAUGAAUUCACAACAGUCAGAGAGGCGCUCGACUUCAGCGCAAAGCUCCGUUUGGAUCCUUCCAUCAGCGAUGAAACUCGAUCUGCCUUCGUCGAUGAGGCGCUCCAAAUUCUGGAACUUGACUCCAUCGCGGAUAGAAUGAUUGGAACUGCUGGUAGCGACACCGGAUUGGCUCCAGGUCAGAGAAAAGUGCUCACCGUGGCGGUAGAGCUCGUUUCCAACGCGCCUGUGUUCUUCUUGGACGAGCCGACGUCUGGGUUGGACGCUCGCAGCGCUCUCAUCGUCAUGAAGGAGGUCAAGAAAGUCGCCGCGCUCGGACGAACUGUGAUUAGCACAAUCCACCAGCCGUCGACGGAAAUCUUCAUGAUGUUCGAUGACAUGCUUCUUCUUCAGCGCGGCGGCUAUCAAGUGUACUUCGGUGAACUUGGUCAGGAAGGCUCAUCAAUGGUAAACUACUUGCAGUCACUCAACAUGUCGAUCCCUCUUCCAGCGGGAAUGAACCCGGCGAGCUGGAUGCUCGACGUCCUCGGCGGCAGUGACUCGAGCGGUACCGCGAAUAAAUCGGACAAGCAGGCUAUUAUCAACGGGAAAGGUAACAUGAGACGCUCGAGCAGUGGCAUUGCAUUGGAUGGGAUGAUGCUCGACAAAAAGUUCCUCGAGAGCAGUGAGGGUAAGAAAGCCAUGACGCUCGUGAAUGAGAUUAGCGAGCGGGGCGCGAAUGAUCCGAUGUUCAGCUUUAGUUCUCCUUACGCCAGAUCGUUCAAAACGCAGUUGAGUGCGAUUCUUGUCCGAACAAACAACGCACAGUUGCGUGAUAUAGGUUACAACUGUGGCCGCAUUGGUAUUCUGACAGUUCUGUACAUCCUCUUCGGCGUCAUCUAUCUCGAUCUGGAUACCUCAGACGAGGCUGGUGUGCAGUCCAUGGUGGCUUGUGUGUUCAUGACGACCAUCUUCACUGGUAUCAUUUGUAUGAACAGCGUCAUGCCAGUGCGAGUACGAGAGCGCGCUGUGGCAUUUCGCGAGCGAAGCUCGUUCAUGUACGACGCCGUUCCCUUUUCCUUGGCGCAAGCUCUUAUCGAGGUCCCAUGGCUCAUCGUAGUGAGUCUUUGUACGGUUAUCCCGAUGUACUUUCUCGUCGGUAUGAUUCCAACUGCUGAGAGACUGUUCUUCCACAUUCUCAUAAACUUCAUGGUGUCGUUCACCUUCUUGAGUUUCGGGCAGGCUGUGGCGUGUCUUUGCUCGACCAUCGAGACUGCUCAAGCUGGUACCUCUGCCUUCAUACCGAUAUGUUUUCUUUUUGGUGGCUUGUAUUUACCGCUUCCUCAGAUCCCUGUGUACUGGCAGUGGGCUUAUUACAUCAAUCCCGUGUCGUACUCCAUACAAGCCGUCGUCGCUCCGCAGUUUGAGCGACGCGGUUGCACGGGUCCGUAUCCCGGUGGUAACUGCCCGACGAUUCAAGCCUUCCGAGGGACGUACUUUGAGAAGAUUGAUACGUUAUCAUACGUCGAACAAAAAUACGACAUCAAGUUCUCUGAGCGCUGGAUUGCUUGCGGCUACCUUGGCAUCUUCAUGUUCGGCAUGCAGUUCUUGCACUCGUUCUUCUUCAAAACGUCCAACGUCGUCAAGCGCUGA